AUGAGCAACAAUGCCUGGAUAUGCUGGGCAAAGUCUAUAUCCCUUGCUACUACUACACUUGUCCAAUCACUAGAGCCUAACGGUAUACAACUUUGGGAACAGACCGCCCCUGAGGAAGUCCAAAAGCAUAGUCGUGAUAGUAGCACUGAGGAACGUUUUAGCUCCGAGCCUACUCGAUGCGGUCCUGAAGAAGUGCGAAACAAGCGCGUUUAUCUUGAUACGCCACUCCAAGACAAUGACAGGCACUCGGAUACAUCAAAAUCACAGUCGUCUAUAUCCCUUGCUACUACUACACUUGUCCAAUCACUAGAGCCUAACGGUAUACAACUUUGGGAACAGAUCGCCCCUGAGGAAGUCCAAAAGCAUAGUCGUGAUAGUAGCACUGAGGAACGUUUUAGCUCCGAGCCUACUCGAUGCGGUCCUGAAGAAGUGCGAAACAAGCGCGUUUAUCUUGAUACGCCACCUCAAGACAAUGACAGGCACUCGGAUACAUCAAAAUCACAGUCUAGCCCAUUAAAUGCUGAUAAGAGGGCAACGGACUUUGCAGAAAGACAACUUUCUUGGAAGACUCCAGAUCUACGUGAAUGCCGGCAGAACUAUCAUGCAGAGCACAAACGCGAUUACUCGGACCAAAUCUGGGGCGGCUACCAGGAGGGCUACCAAGGCGGCUACCAGGGUGGCUACCGGGGCGGCUACCGGGGCGGCUACCGGGGCGGCUACCGGGGCGGCUACCGGGGCGGCUACCAGGGCGGCUACCAAAGAACCCGCAACCGAAGCUCUCUGUCUAACUUCGUAGACGUUGACUCGGACCAUUCUGGAAAAACUUAUCAAGUUACGCGUCGAAGUCAUCAAGGUGGACCUCAAAACGAGAAUGAUUAUGGAUCGCAUGUAGAAAGCCCUUCCCAAGAAUAA